GUGCACUGGGUGGAGCAGCAGGUGGAGAAACGGCGUGUGAAGAGGGACGGCAGCGCGGAGGACGUCGCAGGGGCCCACGCGAGGCAGCCACGGCAAUUCGGCGAUUUUUCGAGGUUCUUCUUCUCCCCGACCGCCGCGCCGUCGAGGAGGGGGUCAAGAGUGCCAUUCAUGAGGGCUUGA